AUGGAUCUCCAGGGCCUCGCGCGGCGCAUCAGAUCGUGCCGGAGCUUCGCCGAGGCGCGGGAGAUCUACGCGCAGGCGCGCGCCAGCAGCGAUGGAUCUGCCCACUACUCCAUCUCGAAUCUCCUCGUCCAGAUGUUUGCGAAUUGCAGCAGCGUGGAGUCCGCGAGGAGCGUUUUCGAUUCGAUGGCUGUCAAAGACAUUGGCGCCUGGAACACGAUGCUGGGUGUCUACGUCCACGCCGGAGAUCUCCACAGCGCCACACUUCUCUUCGACGACAUGCCCGAUAGAAAUGAGAUCUCAUGGACUUGCCUGCUCACUGGAUUCUCGCGAAGCGGCGAUCUCGAUCGCGCCACCAAGCUCUUCCAUGCGAUGCCACAACGGGAUCUAGUUUCGUGGAACGCGAUGCUUUCCGCAUUUGCCAAGUCUGGGCAUUUGGUAGGAGCUUUGGAGCUCUUCCGAUCAUUUCCAGAACGUAACAUUGUCACCUGGAACACACUAUUGUCAGCGUUUGAAAGCGCAAGUCUUAUAAAUCAUGUCCUGGAAGCUUUUCACGCAAUGCCCGAAAGAAACACACUGUCGUGGAAUGCAGUUCUUGCAGCAUUUGCCCAAACAAGGCAUAUUGAAAGUGCAAAGCAGUUCUUUGAUGCGAUGCCGGAUCGCGAUAUGGUUUCAUGGACCACACUACUUUGCGGUUUCUCCCGCGUUGGAGACGUUAAAUCUGCCGAGGAGUGCUUCAAGGGGAUGCCAUUUCGGAACUUGGUCUCGUGGAACGCGAUGCUUUCGGUGUAUGUUCAAGCUGGAGAGAUCACCAAAGCGGAGAUCAUGUUUGAGGAGAUGCUCCCGGAGAGAGGAGUGGUCGCCUGGACUGUCAUGCUGGGCUUGUACCUUCAGCACCAGGGAGAGGAUUCCACCUUGAAGGAUAACUUCUUCUCGCGAAUGCCGGUGAAGAACAUUGUGUCGUGGAACUUGGUGCUCGUCGAUCUUGCUCAGAAGAGAAAGCUCCACGAAGCCAAUUGCGUCUUUGAUUCCAUGCCCGAGUGGAACCUCGUGGCCUGGAAUGCAAUGCUCAUGGCAUUCUCCCAAGAAGGCGAUAGCGGGAACUUGGAAAACGCCACCAUUCUCUUCCGAGCAAUGCCGUGCAGGAGCUUGAUCUCGUGUACGACAAUGCUGGUGGGCUUCGUCCAGCACAGGAAACUCGAGCAAGCCAAGUGCCUGUUCGAUCAUGGCAUGCCAUACCACGAUGCUGUUUCGUGGAAUGCCAUGCUUGCUGCGUAUAACCAGGGCCAAGAGAGGAGAAAUCUGCUGGAACUCACUGCCUUGUUCGUGGCUAUGCCAGAGAAAGACAUGGUUUCCUGGACGCAAAUGGUGGUGGCGUAUGGACAGAAGGGAUGCCUCGCAAGUUCUCUAGUACUGUUCCAGCAGAUGCCGGAGAAGAAAGACUCUACUGCGUGGAAUGCAAUGCUUACACUGAAUGCCCAAGCCGGGAACUUUGAGCAAACUUUCGAGAUUUACAACGAGAUGGCGAUGGAUGGUUCUCGCCCUGACGAGGUUUCCUUCUCUGGAAUACUUCUUGCCUGCAGCCACUGUGGCGAUCUUAAAGUCGCCAAGCUUUACUUCGCUUCGAUGCUGCGCGACCAUUGCUUGGUGGCUACGAAAGAACAAUACGGUUGCUUGGUUGAUCUUCUCAGUCGAGCUGGGCAUUUAAGAGAUGCUCGGGACCUCAUUGCAAGCAUGCCAUUCGUUCCAGAGAGUGGAUUUUUGACGAGCUUCAGCUUUCCCGCUCCAGGACCUGUCUGUUAUCAUACAACAAAUGGCGAAAGCGAGCGACUUUCCGACGCGAGGGAAGGUUUGGGAGAACCAGGUGGAUGGAAAGAAGCCCCAGAAGAUUUCCACAAGAUCGGUGAUCGGCCCUUCCACAAGAUCGGGGACCGCACGAAGCGAGUAAGAGGUCCAUCGAAACGAGCCGUGAUCCAAGACGAUCGACUUCAAGUGCCUCACACCUCUGUCCAAGUCCGGAGUGAUUCCUUUGAUCUUCAACUUUGGGCGGUGAUAUCCCUGAGUCCAAGACAACCCCAGAUUGGAUUCUCCCAGUCUUUCUACAUUUACAUUUAA